AUGAAUACUUCAUUUGGUAAUAUCUUCUAUUCUCUCCUCCUACAGUUCAGCGAGAGUCAGCCGUCACAGCGCCGGCCAAGAACAAAGACAAUCAAUAGUCGACCAGUACAAAGUUCGCCUGCCAGGACCUCACAAAAUAGAUCUCCAUCCACGCAAGUCAGUAGGAAACCUCAACCCCGUUCUCGUGCCUCUGCCUCUCCUGCCCUGCCACAGAAAGCAGCCAGCCAAUUACCUUUAAAUCCUAGGACAUCAAGCAAAAAGAAAAAACCUGUCCUGACAUCAAAAAGGCAAAGUCUACAAGUCAGGCCUAAGAAAAGUACAUUGACCUCUGCCAAGAAAGGCCUGACCCCCCUUCCAUCUGGUUUAACAAGACGAAAUACUCCACGGAGCACAAGUAAAAUUUUAAAACAGCCGAAAAAAAAUCAGAAGACAACUGCCAAAAAACAGUUAAGAUGGACAGCAGCAGCACCAAAACCAUCUCUAUCUGUAAAGAAAAGUCAAAAUGCAUCUAAAAAAAUCCUGCCCACCUCUGCCAAGAAGCAGCUGAAUCUCCCAAAAGUGGCUAAGGAGGCAUCAAAACAAACUUCAACUUCAAAGAAAAGUUCACAGAAGUCCAAGAAAAUCCAGGCUAGGCCUGCUAAGAAACGGGUAAAACAACGCACAACUAAAUCAACUCCCAAAAGAAAAGUAACUAAGAAGAAAUCUCAAAAUACUUCUAAACUAACCGUGUCUGUAUCCAAAACACAAUCUAAGUCCACGACAAUAAAAAGUUCCCCCAAAACUUCUUCAGCUCCAAAGAAAAGACCAACUAAAUCUCGUAAGACUCCGCCAUCACCUGCCAAGAAAAAACAGAGUCGGGCAAAAGCAGUUAAAGCAGCCCCCAAAAAAAGUUCAGCCAAAAAGAAAAGUCUAAAGAAACAAAAAAAUAAACAGUUAACGCCAGUCAAAAAAGGGCCAGCCACAGCAACAGCAACGAGAGCAGUAUUAAAAGUCAAAAAGAAAAAUCUAACCACACCUAAAAAGACAGCAUCUACAUCUGCCAAGAAAAAGCUCAAUCAGCCAAAAAAAGUUGCAACAAAAAAGAAAAUAUCUAAGGCCAAAAAUAAAGUGUCAAAGAAACCCAAAAACUUUACUUCACCUGCCAAGAAACAAGUGAAUCAACCUAAAGCACUGAAAUCAGUACUAAAAACAAAACCAGCCUCCAAGAAAAGACCAAAUAAAGUGAAAAGCUCCUCGUCUAAAACUGCCAAGAGGCAGUCAAAACAAACAAAAGGCGGCAAAUCUCCAGCUCUCAGAAAAACUCUGGCCAAAAAGAAAAGCCUAAAAAAAUCUAAACCAGCUGCUGGAAAACUACUCAAUGGGUCUAAAUCUGCUCAAGCCGGACCAAAAAGAUCUCCAGCCAAGAAGAAAAUUCAAAAGAAAUCUACACAGAAAAAGCCCACAGCAGGUAAAAGUACUGGGAAAGCAGUUCUUGCAAAGAGUAAAUCCAUAAAACCAUCUAAAAAAAGGCAGCCCACCUCUCUAACAGCAAAGAAGAGGCUAAGUAAAGCCAAAAAAAGACUGCCUAAACCUCCUAAGAAAGGUGUAAAUCAACUUAAACCCCUCAAAGGAAAAAAAAGACCACCUUCUGUAGCAGGCAAAACUGUAAAACAACCAAAAAAAAGGAAAUCUAUACCUGCCAAAAAAAUCUUGAAAUCAUCUAAAUGCAAAGGAUCUAAGUCUGUUCAAAGUCCACAGAAAAAGCUACCACAUAACAAAGUCACAAAACCAUUUCCAUUACAUGUACCACCUAAAUUCCAUCCCUGUCUACAACCAAAUCGACCACAUAAGUGUCCACUAACGGCUCAUCAAAUCUAUCCAAUUCCACCAAAACCACGGCCAAGUGUCCAACAUCCCCAUGCAAACCAGCAGCAGCAUCACCGACCUCAUUUGUCUCAUAAGCCACCCUGUCGUAAACCAAAACGUCCCACAAGGCCAACAGGAACAGAAGACAUUACAACUGGUGGCCCAACCAAUGCAAUUACCACAACACCUGUAGCUAUUACUAAUUUAGCCACCAUCACUAGCACUACAGCCAAUAGCAAAAUGUCUACUUCCAUUGCCCCAACUCGUACAUCUGCCACUGCAACUAAGGGAUCAGAUGCAACCACCAGAACACCUGAAACUCUGGCUGCCACCACAGUCCAAGUGACAUCAAUUACUACUUCAGCAACAGAUGCUGCCUCCGCAACUGCCCCAGCACCCGAUUUUACCACGGAGAGCUCAGAAGCUGAAGCAAACACAGCAGAAGACGCCACUCUCCCAGCAACAGAUGGUUCCACCACUCAAGUUGUCACUACAACUUUAGCAAACACACCCCCUGCUACUGUUGCCAUCACGACUGCAGCCACAACCCCCACACAUGUUGGUACCACAAGUGCAACACCCCCCAUAACUCUAGGGAUUGGUGCCACUAGCACUGGUGCCACCGCAUCAUCACCCAGUGCUACCACAACUCUUGCUUCUGCUACCACAGAAAUACUCGGAACUUCUACCACUGCUUCUAGUUCUGUCACAAUGACAGCUUCAUCUGGUGCCACAAACACAGCUGCACCAAGUUCUGCAACCACAGUUGCACCAAGUUCUACAACCACCAGUGCACCUGGUACUGCCACCGUAGCUGCCUCAAGUUCUGCCACCCCACCAGUGGCUGAGACGACCACUGAACAAGCCGAUGACAUAACCACUGAAGCUACUUCCCCGGUGAGUGAGGAAGUCACUGAAACAGCUGAUGACACAACCACUGCAGCUGCCACCACAACUUCACCAAGCGGGGUAACAACUGGGGCAACGGACUCCACAACCCCAGAAACAAACUUUUCACUCACUGCUACUACAACUGCUGGAUCCUCAAACCCAACAUCUGGGGGAACAAUCACCACCACAACUGCAGCAGCCUCUUCAACCCCAGGACUGGAUGUGACCACCAAUGGUCCAAUCACAACCUCAGCCACCAGUGUUACAACUGCUGCUGCUGGCACAACCAUAGCAGGUGCUACUACUUCCACCCCUGUGACUUCAGCCUCCACUGCUGAACCAGCUGUGCUGACCAGUGUGGGUGAAACAACCAUUCAGGCUUCUGGAGCAACAACCCCAGAGGAUGAGGCUACCACUGGAGCUACAACCCCAGAGGAUGAGGCUACCACUGAACCAACAGAAGACACAACCACUGAAGCUGCCACAACUGUACCUGCUGAUGCCACAACCCCAACAGCUAACCCGACAUCCUCACCAGCGGAGUCCACAUCUCCAGCUGUGAGUACAACUGCUUCAGCUACAACCACAAUAACUGGAGAAGCAACCAGCACAACCAUAGCAGCCUCCACAACUCCAGGAGUUGAUGCCACCACAAGUGCUACCACCUCACCUUCAGUCACUGGUACCACAUCUCCUUCUGGUGCCACCACAACUGUACCAAGUGCUCCCUCUACUACUGAAUCUGGUGCCCUGACUAACAGUGAAGCCACUUCCCAGACGCCUGAUGCUACAACACCAGGGGAAGAAGCUACCACUGAACCAACAGAAGACACAACCACUGAAGCUGCCACAACUGCACCUGCUGAUGCCACAACCCCAACAGCUAACCCGACAUCAUCACCAGCGGAGUCCACAUCUCCAGCUGUGAGUACAACUGCUUCAGCUACAACCACAAUAACUGGAGAAGCAACCAGCACAAACAUAGCAGCCUCCACAACUCCAGGCGUUGAUGCCACCACAAGUGCUACCACCUCACCUUCAGUCACUGGUACCACAUCUCCUUCUGGUGCCACCACAACUGUACCAAGUGCUCCCUCUACUACUGACUCUGGUGCCCUGACCAACAGUGAAGCUACCACCCAGACUCCUGAUGCUACAACUCUGGGGGAUAAGACCACCACUGAGUCAGCAGAUAGAACCACUACAGCUACCACCGCUCCAGCUGAAGGUGCCACAACCGGUUCAGGUGACUCCACAACCUUAGAAGCCAGCACUACAUCUGUUGCUACUACUGCAACAGUUACAUCAUCUGCAACCACAACUCCUAUAGCAGCUUCAGAUGCCACAGAUGCUACAACUACUGCUAGUAUGAGUGUAGCAGCCACCACUACCCCUGCUGAACCUACUUCUUCAACCACUGAAGCUGCAUCUCCAGGGGAGGAGGGCACUACUGAAUCUUUAGAGACAGCUGCCACUACAACUCCAUUGGGUUCCACUUCCACCACUAUAUCUGAAGAUUUAACCACUGUACUGGACCCUACCACCCCAGAACCUGCAACAACUGCCCCCACUGAGGAGGUCACUGAUACCACAGCAGAUGAUACUACUGAUGCUGCCACGACUCCUUCUGCACAAUCCACACAACCCCCUGAGGCUUCCACAUUUGCAGCCUCAGCUGGAACCACCUCUGCUGUUGACAGCAGCACACAGCCACCAUCUGCUACUAUGACUACAGCCAGUAUACCUACAACCAGCCUUACCAAUCCUUCCCCAUAAUGAAAGCAAUGCCGUGGUACAUCUCAAGCAUCUU